UGGAGAAAGAGGAUGAGAGAGCGCGAGAGAGAGACAGCAAGAGAAAGCGAGAAUGAGAACGAGAGAGAUUCGCCAUUACUGUUGUGCAGAGGUCCCGUUGACGUCUUGUGUCGCACAUCCCCCGUAUGGCCUGUGGGAGGCCCAGUCGACGUUUAGUCGGAUGCAGCAGCAUCCGCAGCAGUUCAGGCAGAGCGAGUGUGCCAACGAUCGAGCACCACCCCCGACGCCCGUCACUGCCCCCGGGUGGAGCGGACGCGAGGACAGCGCCGGACGUGGAAUGAGUGGCUCGAGGACGCGUUUUUUUGGUUUGUUUGUUUGUUUUUAAUUUUCUGUGGAAUUGUCCUCUCCUCUUUUGUGCUUUGCAAGGUAGAGACGACGUUUUUUCGACGAGGAACUGGAGCGACCAUGUUGUUCUUCCUACUAGGCAGGUGAUAGCAGGGGAAGCACGCCAGAGGACAGGAAAGGCGGGCGGGAGCGGCCGCUCGUCCAAAGCCCCGCACGAAUGAUAUCCUGAGCUCAGCUUUGAGCUGGCGGUGCGCCAGUCGGUGACUAAGAUGGCCAAAAACAAGGAGGCGCGCCCCCCAAGCUUCGCCGUCAGCGUGGUGGGCCUCUCUGGGACGGAGAAGGACAAGGGCAACUGUGGCGUGGGCAAGUCGUGCCUCUGCAACAGGUAUGUGCGGCCAGACGCCGACGACUACUACUCAGAGCACACGUCGGUGCUGAGCACCAUCGACUUUGGGGGCCGCGUGGUCAACAAUGACCACUUUCUGUACUGGGGUGAGGUGGCCCACCGAGGGGAGGAGGGGCUCGACUGCAAAGUGCAAGUGGUGGAGCAGACUGAGUUCAUCGACGACCAGACCUUCCAGGCGCACCGCAGCACCAACAUGCAGCAAUACGCCAAACGGGCGGCGGCCACCAAGCUCCAGUCGGCCGAGAAGCUCAUGUACAUCUGCACCGACCAGCUGGGCCUGGAGCAGGACUUUGAGCAGAAGCAGAUGCCGGAUGGCAAGCUGAGCGUGGACGGCUUUGUGCUGUGCGUGGACGUCAGCAAGGGCUGCAACCGCAAGUUUGACGACCAACUCAAGUUUGUCAGUGGCCUCUACUCGCAAAUGACCAAGUCCAAGAAGCCCGUGGUGGUGGCCGCCACCAAAUGCGACGAGCUGGUCGAGCAGCACCUGCGGGAGCUUCAGGCCUUUGCGGCAAGCAAGAAGAACUUGGUUCUGGUGGAGACGUCGGCUCGCGCCAACGUCAACGUGGAGCUCUGCUUCAACACACUGCUCCAGCAGCUGGACAGAAGCCGGGCCAAGCCCAAAGCCGUGCCCUAUGCCGAGGCCCACAAGGUGCAGAAGCAGCUGGUCGCCGCCGUGACGGAUCGGUUCGAGAAGCUGGUGGUGCAGACGGUCAGAGAUUACCACAGCACCUGGAAAGGCGCGCUGAGCGGCGGCCUGAGGGGCCACCCCGACUUUGAGGACUUUGUCGCCCUGGAGGGCUCCAAGAAGGCCCGCAACGCCUUCACCAAGCACAUUGCGCAACUCAAGCGGGAGCACGUGGAGCGGCGGCGCGAGGAGUACCUGGCCACCCUGCCCAAGACGCUGAGCCACCUCCUGGGCCGGUUGGACGAGGUGGAGCACCUGACGUGGGGCGAGGCGCAGAGCCUCAUACGCCAGCGCCCCGACUUCCAGUGCUGGUUCGUGGCGCUGGAGCAGACACCCUGGGACGAGUCGGACCACGUGGACCACAGCGACCGGCGUAUCCCCUUUGACCUCCUGGCCACGCCUGACGCCGAGAGGAUCUACCGCAACCACGUGCGGCUCCUGCUGUCGGAAAAGAGGAGGGCGGACAUGAAGGAGAGGUUAAAAAAAACGCUGGAGCAGCUCCACUUGGUUGGCGCCGGACAGCCUUGGGAGGAGGUGGCGUGCUUGCUCGCCGAGGACGAAGCCUACAAGUUCAUCGCCGAGUCGGACAGGAGGGACGUCUACGGUCGCCACCAGCAGGAAAUAGUGGAGCGGGCCAAAGAGGACUUUCAGGAAAUGCUUUUCGAGCACGCCGAGCUCUUCUACGACUUGGACUUAAACGCCACGCCCAGCUGCGACAAGAUGAGCCAAAUCCACAGCGUCCUCAACGAGGAGCCCCGGUACCGGGCGCUACAAAAACUGGCCCCGGACCGAGAGUCUCUCCUGCUCAAGCACAUCGGCUUCGUGUACCACCCCACCAAGGAGACGUGCCUGAGUGGCCCCAACUGCGUGGACCUGAAAGUGGAGCAGGUUCUGGCCAACCGGCUGCUCCAGCAACAGGAGCGCGCCCGCUCCGACCUCUACCGCAACGGCACCGACGUGGACAAGAUCAACCUCUGCCUCCUGGGAAAGGAGGGCCUGGCACAGGAGCUGGCCAACGAGAUUCGAGCUCAGUCCACCGACGACGAGUACGCCCUGGACGGCAAGCUCUACGAGCUGGAGCUUCUCGUAGUCGAUGUCAACUCCACCUUGCUCUUCAGCCACACCUGGGUGUCCAGCUUCAAGCCGCACGGCUGCUUCUGCGUCUUCAACUCCAUGGAGUCCCUCAAUUGCGUGGGUGACUGCGUGGGUAGGAUCCGAGCUGAAAUGGCCCAGAGCAGGAGAGACAAGUGCGCCGCUCCCCUCCCCUUCAUCCUUAUGCUGGCCAAUCCCAGGGAUGGCGGCGCCUGCAAGAAUGUGCCCAUCCUUCGGCACCAGGGCCAGCAGCUGGCCAACAAGCUCCAGUGCACCUUUGUGGACAUCCCCUCGGGCGCUUUUGCACGCAAGUUCACUGAGUCCCAGGUCAAGCAGGGCUUGCGUGGCGUGCUGGAUGGGCUCAAGCGCCACUCUGACGUCCUGGCGCCGCCAGCCCUGGCGCCACUGCUACCCUCCUCCGUCAAAGAUGCAGUGUCCGAGGCCCACUUGCGGGUGGUCAUGUGCGCCAUGUGCUGGGACCCCUUCAGCGUCGACCUCAUUCUCUCCCCUUUUCUGGAGUCGCGCUGUUGCAGCGCCGGGCAGCCGGGCCGGGCCAACACGCUGCUACUGGACAAGAUUAUCGGCGAGAGCCGGCGCAGGAUCCAAGUCACCGUGCUCUCCUACCACUCCGCCAUCGGUGUCCGCAAGGACGAGCUAGUACAUGGCUACAUCCUGGUCUACUCGGCCAAGCGCAAGGCCUCCAUGGCCACGCUGCGGGCCUUCUUGGCAGAGGUCCAGGACGUGAUCCCGGUCCAGAUGGUGGCCGUCACCGACAGCCAGGCUGACUUCUUUGAAAAUGACGACAUCAAGGAGCUGAUGACGGAAGGCGAGCACAUCGCCACGGAGAUCGCCGCCAAGUUUACGGCGCUCUACUCGCUGUCGCAGUACCACCGGCAGACGGAGGUCUUUACGCCUUUCUUCAACCAAGUGCUGGAGAAGAAGGCCCACAUCGAGAACGCUUUCAUGCCAGACGGAUCAUCGCGUGAGCGCGUGGCCGAGCUUUUCCCCAGCUCGCCGCUCAACCGCUCGCCGGCCUACGACUCGUACUACCCAGAGUCGGACGAUGACAACGAAGCCCCGCCACCAUACAGCCCGAUUGGCGACGACGUCCAGCUUCUUCCCGCGCCCAGCGAGCGCUGUGCCAAAUAUCGCCACGUAGACCCGGAGGGGAACGAAUACCUGCUCCAUGGUGCGCCAUCCAGCGAGCACGAACGCAACCACAAAGUGCCGCCGCCCGUUCGGCCCAAGCCGGCUCUCCCCAAGCCCAGCGUGAAAAAGUUGGACCCCAACCUGCUGAAAACCAUCGAAGCCGGAAUGCGAAGCAACCGGCGGAUGCCGCGCGCCCCCACCUCCCUGCACCCCAACAACGCCGAGGCCUCGGACGACUACGCUGAGCCCGCCGCCGCCCCGCCGCCCAGGGCCUUCCGGCCGGACGAUAUUUACGUGGAGCCGGAUGAUGCGCGCGGCCGCCCCGCUAAGCUCCGCGACUCAGAGGACGAGAACGGCUACGAGCGCAAGUCCCGGCCCGGACGGCGGCCCUCCAAGUACAAACACCGCUCAAAAAUCCUCUUCAGCAAGACCAAGGCCUACCAGAGACGCUUCCACUCGGACAGCGACGGCGAGGAGGCAGGCCCCGCCACGCAGAGGAAAAAGAAAGGGCGGACCCAUCGUGGAAGCGAGGAGGACCCUCUGCUGUCUCCCGCCGACCCAUGGAAGGGCGGCAUCGACAACCCCGCCGUCACCUCUGACCCUGAACAGGAAGACAAGAAGAUGAAGAAGAAGAAGACACACAAGAUGCCAAAGGAAGCCAAGAAGGCCAAGUCGUCCAAGGUGCCCAAGCCGUUGUACCCCCCCACGCGGCGAACGUGGGAGAGCAACUACUUUGGCGUCCCACUGCACAACCUGGUCAGCCCAGAGCGGCCUAUCCCGCUCUUCAUCGAGAAGUGCGUCGACUACAUCGAGCGCACAGGUUUGACCACGGAAGGCUUGUAUCGCGUGAGCGGCAACAAGACAGACCAAGACAACAUCCAGAAGCAGUUUGACCAAGAUCCGAGCAUGGACUUCCUGGAGCUGGACGUGGCCAUCAAUGCGGCGGCCGGCGCGCUCAAGGCCUUCUUCGCCGACCUGCCUGACCCGCUUAUCCCGUACGCGCUGCAUCCUGUACUGGUCCAGGCCGCAAAGCUGACAGACUAUGUGGAGCGCUUGCACGUCCUCAAGGAAAUCGUCAGCAAGUUCCCCUCCGUCAACUAUCACGUCUUCAAGUACAUCAUUACUCACCUCAACAGGGUGAGCCAGCACAGCAAGAGCACGCUAAUGACGGCCGACAACUUGUCCAUCUGCUUCUGGCCCACGCUAAUGCGGCCUGACUUUGAGAACAAAGACACGCUGUCCAGCACCAAGCUCAACCAGGCCGUGGUGGAGGCCUUCAUUGUGCAGAGCGAUUUCUUCUUCCACGGUGGCGAUCUAGUCCGCGGCAGCAGCGGUGACGACGGCGGGCCGCCCCCGCCCUGCCGCGACAUGGUGGAGGCCCUGCUGCCUCUGCAGCUGCCGCCCCCCCUGCAACCGCAGCAGAUCCAGCGCGCAUUGCCCCCGGAGCCCCUCGUCUGAGCGCCCUCGAAAAAAUUGGUCACGUGUGCUUUUCUGCCGCUGAUUGAAAAACGGGCUGCAGGACUGACCCCACUGGCAGAUGAGCCGAUAUCUUGUUAGUUUUUUUUUUUUUUUUAAACAAUCAGGGGGAGUCUAAGCAUGCUUUGGGGGGGGGGGGGUAGGGUUAGGGUGACAAUGCCCCCGUGGCCCCCCUCUAGCACCGGCAGUGACCAACACACACUCCUGUUCCCCCGAAAAAGGGUUGAAGUUGCCUGUGGAUGGCAACAAGGCUUUUGCCGAAAUGAGGCUCCUCAACUCACUUCAACAUAGUUCCUGGGCACCAAGAUGCCACAGAACACUCCCAGGUUAGUUUUGCAGCAAAAAGCGGACUUUAAAAAGAGUAACAUUGAAAUACAGUAGCGUAUAGCAGGUCCAAGUGUUCAAAAGAAGGCGGAGCGUUCAUUCUUCAAAAGCAAACUUCCCAAUAUUGGAUGUUAAGAAAAUUAAAAAGUCAACACAAAUGGUUCAGUCGUCAAAAAGUACAGCUGUCAACACGUUCCAAGAGUCUAACAUUAAAUGCACGUUGGUACCCGAAGAAAUGUAUGCCCAUGCCUAACAAAUGGGGAGGGGGCGCAACUAUAUGACUUGCGUGACGUCCGCCCCCUCCCAAGGCUGAAAAGUCUUCCUCAAGGUCGUCACAUUUCUGCAAAAGAGCCUCAGCUCCAUCGCACGCUGCUUUUCAAUCGCUUUUUAUUUUGAUAUCUUUCUAUCUGCUCUCAUUUCUACCCUGUGUAUGCGCGUGACCACACGCGUGGAUUGAGGAGGGAAAAUGUAACAUUCAUCGUGUGUUACAUCUAGAGAAGGGACAAUGACAAACCACUACAGGACACCGCGUCCGCGUGUUUGCUAUUGAACGUAAACAAAGCAGGCAACCCAUUCAUGUUAUCGUCAGUUAUUCUAUUAAGAAAAGGGGGAGGUUCUUGUUGCUGACAAUUAACUAUUUUGUUUCUUUUGCUUAAAUGUAUAGUUUUCCCCUAAAUAGAGGAAAUAAGUUUAUAAAAGAGUCAUUAUACAAUAUUCGCUUUGAUCAGCACAAACUCUGCUGAUGGACUUCAGCAACGGAAGGGAAAGCCUGCAAUUCCCUACCGUGUUUGCCCGCAGCGCCCCCUCCGGCGGUGGGAUGUGAUGCGUGGGUUGUGAAAGCGGAACAAAUGUCCCACGUUGGGGUGCUUGUAGACUUAGUUAUCGUUCAUUUGGGCAGAAGGAAGCACUUUGUGCAAAGACACAUGACAUCACGGCAAUGUUGGAAUUUGGGUGCGAGCCAAACGGAAAUAUGAAAAUGCGGAGGGGGUGAUGCGAGGGCCGGCUGUUUGGACAACAAGCGGCGCACCCAAAGUGUUGUUGCGCACGAAUGAGUGGCGAGUGAAUGUCAGUGAGCCAGUUCGUGUGAUCAGAUCAGAGUUGGAGUCCAAGUGUGCGAAAGUGGAGGUAAAGUGUGUGUGAGUGUUUGUCACUAGCUCUUCGCACGAGCGCACGUCCCACACCGCCUUGUUGAUGGCAUAGCCUGAUGCUAACAAAGUGCUAGCACCGGAAACAAAAUACCUCCACACUUUUUUUGGAUUUGGUUUGGACUCCCACUCAAAUUAAGAGAGUGGAAAAAUAAGCAAAGGGAAAAUGUAGCAAUUCAUGUGGGAAAAAGUCACAGCCCUUUUCUUCCGAAGGCGUUAAAGGGACAAAAACUUUGCCGACUGCAUUGCGUCUGUAAACUUUCGCGACGUAGGCCAAGAAACUGAGCGUCUGCUACACCGAGAGAAAAAUGAAAACAUGUUUGUCUACUUACCACAUGUGACAAGCUGCCGGAAACUCGAAAAAGUACAUCCUGUUUCCAAAUAAACUUUUUUUUCCCAGAAAA